UUUUUUUUUAAUCUAGCGGUAUUUUCUCGUUGGAAGUAAUCAUGCAGAAACCAAGUACCGUGUUUUGAAAAUAGAUCGCACUGAACCAAAGGACUUAGUUAUAAUUGAUGAUAAGCAUGUAUAUACACAACAAGAGGUCAGGGAACUUCUUGGCCGCUUAGACUUGGGGAACAGAACAAAGAUUGGGCAGAAGGGUUCUUCUGGUUUAUCCCGAGCUGUAUCUGCUUUUGGUAUAGUAGGUUUUGUCAGGUUUUUAGAAGGCUACUAUAUUGUGUUGAUAACAAAAAGAAGAAAAAUGGCAGAUAUUGGAGGUCAUGCAAUAUACAAAAUAGAAGAUACAAACAUGAUAUACAUUCCAAAUGACUCUGUAAGAGUUACUCAUCCUGAUGAAGCCAGGUAUCUGAGAAUCUUUCAAAAUGUGGACCUUUCUAGCAACUUCUAUUUUAGUUACAGCUAUGAUCUAUCUCACUCUCUUCAGUAUAAUCUUACUGUUUUGAGAAUGCCACUUGAGAUAUUAAAAACUGAAACAACUCAGACCCGACAAGAAAGUUUUGAUAUAUUUGAAGAUGAAGGACUUUCAACACAGGGUGGAAGUGGUGUUUUUGGAAUUUGCAGUAAACCUUAUGAAAAGUAUGUGUGGAAUGGGAAGCUUCUGGAGGCAGUAAAAAAUACUGUUCAUCGUGAUUGGCUGCUGUAUAUCAUUCAUGGAUUCUGUGGACAAUCAAGUAUCCUUUUGCUCGUGAAACAAAUGGCAGUUAUCAAUUUAAAAACUUUGACUGUGUGAAAUACAUUGAAGUAU